AUGGCUGCAUCGUUGUCCUGCCUCAGCGCUGGGCCUGCAGCCUCGAGGCCCUCGGGCCUGAGCUGCCACCUCCUGGUGCUGCUGCUGCUGAACUCCGGUUACAAAGGAGACAACACCAAACCAGCUUGUGGCAAACCCUGGUGGCCGAAGAAUUUGGACGUGACACGCCAUUGGCCCUGGGAGGUGAGCCUCCAAGUGGAAAAUGAGCAUGUAUGUGGAGGGGCCCUCAUUGAUCUCGACUGGGUAGUGACUGCUGCCCACUGCAUUCGAGGCACAAAAGAGUAUUCAGUGAUUCUUGGCACCUCCAAGCUAAAGCCCACGGACUCCACGAGGGCCCUCUUGAUCCCUGUGAGGGACAUCAUUAUGCACCCCAAGUACUGGGGCCAGAAAUUCAUCACGGGUGAUGUUGCCCUCCUCCAGCUUCACACUCCUGUCGUCGUCAGCAAGUGCGUGCAGCCCAUCUGCCUUCCAGAGCCCAGUUACAACCUGAAGGUUGGGACGCAGUGCUGGGUGACUGGCUGGGGCCAGGUUAAACAGCGCUUCUCAGCCACCUCCACACUGACCCCAGAGUUGCGGGAGGCCGAGGUGUUUAUCAUGGAUAACAAGAUGUGUGACCAGAUUUACCACAAGAAGUCCCUCAUCCCCCUCGUUGUCCCCCUUGUCCUGGGGGACAUGAUCUGUGCCACCAAUUAUGGAGAAAACUUGUGCUAUGGGGACUCUGGGGGUCCGUUGGCUUGUGAAGUCAAGGGCAGAUGGAUUCUUGCUGGGGUGUUGUCCUGGGAAAAGGCCUGAGCCCAAGUACGUAAUCCAGGAGUGUACACCCGUAUCAUCAAAUACAGCAAAUGGAUCAAGAAGCAAAUAAGCAAUGGGGUUCUCUCAGUCCCCUGCACCUCCUCCUGGCUCCUACUCCUGUCCUGGCUGCUGCAGCCCCAGAUGGGCCCCUGA